AUUCCAUCAAAUCCUCAAUUGCUUGAGAUUCAUAUGCUGGGCUGACUGGCUGCUCAUCUCCUGCUUUUGUCAUCUUCUUUCUUCUCUCUGACUGAGGUAAAAUCCGAUUUGUAAUUGACGCUGUAACGUGGUUGUUGAUCGGAGAUGGUUAAGGAGACGGAAUACUACGACGUGCUUGGGGUGAGUCCUACGGCCACUGAGGCCGAGAUCAAGAAAGCUUACUACAUCAAGGCACGGCAAGUUCAUCCUGAUAAAAACCCAAAUGACCCUCUUGCAGCACAAAAUUUUCAAGUUUUGGGAGAGGCAUACCAGGUUUUGAGUGAUCCUGGCCAAAGGCAAGCCUAUGAUGCUUAUGGAAAAUCAGGAAUCUCAACCGACGCAAUUAUUGAUCCCGCCGCAAUCUUCGCAAUGCUUUUUGGUAGUGAACUUUUUGAGGACUACAUAGGACAGCUUGCCAUGGCAUCAAUGGCAUCAUUAGACAUUUUCACGGAAGGGGAACAGUUUGAUGCUAGGAAACUACAAGAGAAAAUGAGGGUUGUUCAGAAAGAGAGAGAAGAAAAGCUUGUUCAAAUAUUGAAAGAUCGACUCCACCAAUAUGUGCAAGGAAACAAAGAGGACUUCGUUAGUUUUGCUGAAGCUGAAGUAUCGAGGCUCUCAAAUGCAGCCUAUGGUGUUGACAUGUUGAACACAAUUGGUUAUAUAUAUGUGAGGCAGGCAGCUAAAGAGCUUGGAAAAAAGGCAAUAUAUCUUGGUGUACCAUUUGUUGCCGAAUGGUUUAGAAACAAAGGUCACUUCAUUAAAUCUCAAGUAACAGCAGCUACAGGUGCUAUUGCUCUAAUCCAGCUCCAGGAAGAUAUGAAAAAGCAGCUAAGUGCAGAAGGAAACUAUAGUGAGGAAGAGCUUGAAGAAUACAUGCAAUCCCACAAGAAGUUAAUGAUUGACUCCCUGUGGAAGCUUAAUGUUGCUGAUAUUGAAGCCACUCUUUCCCGUGUUUGCCAGAUGGUCCUUCAAGACAACAAUGCAAAGAAAGAAGAACUUCGUGCGCGGGCAAAGGGUUUAAAAACGCUUGGGAAAAUAUUCCAGAGGGCCAAAUCAGCCAAUGGAAAUGAGAGUGAAACUGUGUUAAGUGGCAAUUUACAUAAACUGAACGGAAGUGAACGAACCUAUGAUGCUACCUCUCCCAGUGCGUCACCAAAAUCUUCAAAUCCUGAAGAGGCAUCCUAUAGUACAGUGGCACCACAGAGCCCCUAUGUCGAAGCCCCCCCACAAAUCGUGGGUGCUCAGUUUAACUGUAACUUCCCAAUGCCAACUGCACCACCUGGCGCCCAGAGACAUCCCUCAAUGGGCAGGGAUUGAAGGAGGAGAAGCAUCGCCCCAUCAAUGGAAGCUUGUAGCAUAGAUAGUGUCAUGUUUUACAGCCUUGCAGGUGCAUUUUGGGGGGUGGGGGGGAGGUUUAGUUCUCAAUUUACUGAAUCAGUGUUCAUCCUCAGAAGAUCUGGACAUCACAUCUCAACCUCACCUGCGAGAGAGCAGGCAUAUUGUAAUGUUGUUUAUGAAAGAAAAGAUAUUUGUAUAACGUGGAUGACGAGAGACCAGAGAAGUAGGGUUGUUGUCUUGAGGUCCUACACUGGGCCUGCCUUGCCAUUGGAAUGAACGUUACUGCAAUUUUUUUUUCUUCUUUAUGCUUGUGAUUUGGUUGCACAUGUGUAUAUUUAGGGUCGGGCUUUUGGUUGGAUUUCUUUUGUCUAAAAUACCUGUAUUAUUGAUUCUUAAGCAGACAAAACAAACAUGAUUGCAGCAUAUGAUUUGUUCGUGGUGUCUA